UACUGUGCACUGGGGCAGGACAUAUAAGUGGGCUGCAGUGCAGAGUACAGACAGUUGUGCUGCAGACUGACAGAAGCAACUGUUGCAUGUGAUUGAGACAGAAAAGAUUUUGACAGCUGACUAGCUGGACCAGUCAGAGUAUACAAGAGAGUACUACGUUAGCAGAGAAUGGGACAGAAGAACUCCCUGCUCAUGGUGGACCCUGCCACCUGGUCCACACGGGCAGUCCAGCUACACAUUGCCUGUGGGAAGGGCAUUGUUCUCAGCGAGGAAGGGAGCGUUGCUCAGAGGAAAGAUGCCACCAGGCAGCCCAAAGACGGGCUGGUCCACACCGCCUGGCCCAUAGCUGUGGGCAGACUGUUCCAGGUCACAAUAUUGGAGACAGUGGACAAGUGGUCUGGGAGCAUGGGCAUUGGGUUCACAACCAUAAGUCCCGCAGAGUACAACGUGAUCCCGAGCAGUGCGGUCUCCCGCCCUCUCGAGACCUCCCCGUGCCACUGGCUACUCUGGGGCACAACUCUGAGACACAAGAAGAAGAGGAAGAGGUUUGCGGACCUCACUCUCCUACGAGAAGGACAGACGGUCGGCUGUCUCGUGACGCAGACCGGAGAGCUCCACUUCUUUGUGGACGGGAGGCACGUGGGGAAAGGCUGGUCGGGGUUACCGGUGGACAAACCUCUAUGGGGUCUCGCGGACGUGUACGGAAAGUGCAGCAAGAUCAGGGCACAAGUGCUGAGCGACGUACGUAUGACGUCAUCAUCAACAUCUCAUCCAUACUGGCCCACAGAGAUAAUGGUGGACCGUCAGCUAACAGAGACGACACACGAGCUGGUGAAGGCCAAGGACUCUCUGGAGCAGAAGGACAGUCUCAUCCAGCAGCUGAAGGACCAGAUAAACCAGAUGGACUCUGAGAUUCAGGAGCUCCAAACCACCAUAGCCGGGAGACUCCGCGAGGGGAGUACUCUCACUCCACUGACUUGGACAGAGACGAUCAGGGCACUUGGUACUUGUGACAAACCCUCCCUACCACCUGUGUACAUUAAUUUCUGUAUGUACAUAUCAUUCUGUGUAUGCGCGCACAUCGAAAUCUCUGACUCCCACCACGUAAUACUACUGCACAUGUGUAAAUGUACAUCCAUAUGUAGUAUGUACAUGUGUCCCCAACUCAUACAUCAUUUUGUCUUUAUGUCAUUUGUAAAUUGUUAUGUGUAUACCUGGCACACAGGUUCAUGACACACAUUAUACCACCACCACUGUCGUAAGACAUUGCAACAAACAUAUCGUACACUUUACACCUUCACCCGGUAUGUGUAAUACACCAUAUAUGUACAUACAUACGUACAUGUUUGCACAGACUGAAUCAUUGUGUUGCAUGCACACCAGGACUACACUGAAAUCUCUACCACGGAACAUGAUCACACCAAUCGUCUCAGGUUCCUAAAUUUUCACCGCCUAUUAUAUCUUUCAUUGUCUCCUUUUUGUGUGAUUUUAAUCCGUCCAUUUUAUGAAAAUACUUGGUUUAUGUAUGUAUCGUUAUCAUCCA